GCCGCGGGCAGCGGCGACGGGCGCGGGAUGGCGGCCCCGGGGCUGGAGCGGCACCGGCUGGCGCUGCUGGCGGCCAAGGAGGACGUAGGCAACCCCCGGGCCGGGACCAACUGGGCUGUCUUCGCCUAUGAGAAGUACCAUGACCUCAAACUCCUGGACUCUGGAGCCGGGGGUCCGGAUGAGCUGGCCGAAAAAUUCUCCACCACCAGCAUCAUGUACGGUCUGUGCCGUGUCCAAGACCCUGGCACUGGUACUCACCGCAUCGUCCUCAUCAACUGGGUUGGGGAGAAGGCGCCAGAGUCCCAACGAGAGGCGUGUGCCAGGCAUCUGCCCACCAUCAGAGCCUUCUUCAGGGAGGCCAGCGUGGUGCUGAGUGCCCGCCGCGUCGAGGAGGUGACACAGGAGGGACUGAGCCGAGCGCUGGCACAGCUGGCCCCCACCGCUGCCCCUGCCCUGGCCAGGAGGGUGCCCCCCCCGGAUGCCCAGGAGCUGGUGGGCACCAACUACCGCAAGACCAACCCGGCGCUGGAGAUCCACCGGACCAAGCGGGACUCCUUCUGGGCCCAGGCUGAGCGUGAGGAAGAGCAGCGCAAGGAGGAAGAGCGGCGGCGGGUGCUGGAGGAGCGCAAGCGCUGGGAGCGGGAGCGGAUGGAAGAGGAAAGGCGUGAAGCAGCUGAACGCGAGCUCCGCUUCAAGGAGAAGGAACGGAUGAUCGAGGAGCAGCGGAAGGAGCAGGCGCGGCUGGAGGCAGAGGAGCGGAGGAAGGAGAAGGCGCGAUGGGAGCAGCAGCAGCGGGAGUAUGAGGAGGCCAUGCGGGACCGCGGCCGGCGCAGCGAGUCCAUUGAGAAGGCGGCUGAGGCGGCCGUCCUGGUCUCCCAGCGCUCGCAGAACCCGCGGGAUUUCUUCCGGCAGCGGGAGCGCUCAGGGUCCACCUCUGGCACCCCACUGCCCACACCCCACCUUGGCACCAGGCCUGGUGCCCGGCGGCCGUUCCUGCGGUACCAGCGCAGCCUGACGGAAUCGGCCUUCAUCUUCCGCCAGCCGGACCCCCCACCCUUGCCUGGACCCCUUCAGCCCGGGGCAUUCAGGGCUGUACCCCCCCCGCCCCCCCCCCCCGCCCCCCACCUCCCCUCCCCACCAGCCCCGCGGAGAGGGGAACCCCUCCCUGUGCCACCACAGGGCAUCCCUGCAGACCCAUGGGGACAGGGACUCCUCCCUGUGCCACCACUGGGGACCCCCCCACCCCCAUGGGGAUGUGGACCCCUCCCUGUUCCACCCCGGGGAUCCCCCCCAGCCCCAUGAGGACAGGACCCCUCAAUGUGCCACCACUGGGACCCCCAGCAGCCCCAUGGGGAGGGAGACCCCUCCCUGUGCCACCCUAGGGAGUCCCCUCAGCCCAGCCAAGGCAGGGCCCCUCCAUGCCACCAGCCCCACAGGGACAAGGACCCCUCCCUGUGCCAACCCAGGGAGCCCCCCCAGCCCUGUGGAGGCGGGCCCCCCCCCUCUGGCCAGCCCCAUAGGGACAGCCCCCCCCCCCUCCCUGUACCACCUGCGGGCCCCCCAGCCUGGCCAGGGCUGGGGCCCCCCCCCACCAGGCCUGGGCCAGGGACCCUGACCCCUGCUAGUCCCCCCAGGACGGGGUGCCCCCCUGUCCCCCCCGGGUCGGAGUCCUCUGACAGCACUUGUGAGUCCCUGCCCCCCUGCAGUACUCUCGGGCUGGGGUCCCCCGGCAGCCCCCCCUGGAAGCCCCCCGCAGACCCCGAGGAGGCCAUGCCACUGCCUCCUCCCAGCCCCCCCGCACCACCGCCGGAUGAGGAUGGGCCCCCCCUGGACACCUUCCCCCUCCCCAGUCCCCCAGCAUGGGGGUCUCUGGGGCUGCCAGUGGAGCUGGGCAAGGGGGUCCUGAGUCCCCAGGGGGGGUCCCCCCUGCCCGGGUUGGCACCUGCCCCAAUGCCAGGGGCCGGGACCCCCCCGCGCAGCCCCAGCCCGCCACAGCAUCCAGCCCGUUCCUGCUCGACAGCCCCAGGACCGCAGCCAGGGCCUGGGGGGCAGCAGCUGGCUGGAGGCAACUCGGGGCUCAACAGCGUCGGGGGCCACGAGCCGGGGGGCUGGCCAGCCCCCUGGGAGCGGGACACCCCCCCGCGGGAGGGGGAUGAGCCCAGAGACAGCAUUCUCCUGCCAGAGCCCCUGCACAAAGCCAAGCCAGGCUUCGCCCUGCUGCUGGCCCGCGACGCCCCCCACCCGCAGUUGCCCGGGGGCACCAGCCCCCCCGCCGAGGAUGAGGACUUCUCCCCCCACACCGUGUAGCCAGGGUGGGGCUCAGCACCCCCUUGGGGGGGUGGGGGUAUCUGUAUGGCACCAUGGCCAGCAGUCCUGACCCCCUCAGCCCUGGACCCUCCCUGCACAUCACAAACCCUUCCCGUAACCCCUCCCCAGCACAGCACAUUCCCCCCCCCCCCUUCCCCCCGGGGCUCUGGCUGCAGCCCCCCUGACUCCUUUGCACCCCAAUAAGCAGUUUUGGAGGUGGGGGGGGA